UGAAUAACUAGAGUAUUUGUAAAGUAGCUCCGGUGAGUCAACUCAAAUAUUCAAGUUGUUCUUUUUUGUGUGCCCUGCGAUUGGCUUGCGACCAGUCCAGGGUGUACCCUCCCUCUCGCCCAAAGCUGGCCUGAGAACGCUGGAAGUCUGGACUUCCCGAAUGAGACUGCUGCCCCCGGACCCGGAUAAGUGAACGUAAAUGGAUGAAUGGAUAGCCUUCAAAGUUUUGAACUGAGCUUCCAGGUUGCUCAGAUGCCAUGUGGACCAAAGGGCCGUCAGUUAACUGGUACUGCUGAACAUCGCGCCUCAUUGCACUGCAUCCCUUCAGCCACCAGGUGGUGCUGUUUGUCUUAAAUGUCUCAGGUGGACGUCAGCAACAGAUGACGUUGGCCAGCGUAAACGUGUACAGUGUGCGGAUCAUUUCAAUUUCUAAAGUCACCAAAGAAUUGAUGUUGUUAAAAAAUAUUUACACAUUUAAAGUCCCUCAUUUGCUGCCGUAUUAACGUUUGGCAUUCAUAGUAUUUGAAAUGUGUUAUUUCCAGGGCCCUGUCUCGCCUCGCCCUCCGUCCAUUAAGAAAAAAAUGGCUCCAUCGGAGGGCGUGGUCAAGCUGACGCGCGGUCACGGCGGCCCAGGCGCGUUCUCGGCGCUAACCUCUUGUAGCGGGUGAAGCAAUAAAAGGUCAUGAUGAUGGUGAUCCUCUCCGGUCGCGCUACGCGCUUCACUGCCUUCCCCAGCAUGCGCCACCUUCCGGGGACAUGUGUUCCAUCCCCCGUGGGAGUCAACUAGCGCCCCUGCUGCUGCUUCUGUCCGCCUUUGGCGCGCCACCAGCCGGGUAGAACAGCCACCUUGGCUCCCCCCUCACUUUGACGCCGUUUGUGUGAUUUAUGGACAACACAAGCUCCCAGUGACCACAAAGCCCACAGAGCCAAGAUGGAGGCGGCUAUGGAGAGGGAGUGUAGCGCCCUGGGAGGGCUCUUCCAGACCGUCAUAGGAGACAUGAAGGGCAGCUAUCCCGUCUGGGAAGACUUCAUCAGCAAAGCCAGCAAGCUGCAGUCACAGCUCAGGACGACGGUGGUGGCGGUUGCAGCCUUCCUGGACGCCUUCCAGAAGGUGGCUGACAUGGCGACCGGCAGUCGAGGGGCGACGAGGGACAUCGGCUCAGCUCUCACCAGGAUGUGCAUGAGGCACCGCAGCAUCGAGGCCAAACUCCGCCAGUUCUCCACGCUGUUUGUGGACUGCCUGAUCAACCCCCUCCAGGAGCAGAUGGAAGAGUGGAAGAGAGUUGCCAACACUCUGGACAAGGACCACGCCAAAGAGUACAAAAAAGCUCGUCAGGAGAUCAAGAAGAGAUCGUCCGACACUCUGAAGCUGCAGAAGAAAGCUAAGAAAGCUGACGUAUUUGGCCGUGGAGACAUCCAGCCGCAGUUGGACAGCGCCAAGCAGGACGUCAACGACAAGUACCUCCUGCUGGAGGAGGCGGAGAAGCAGGCGGUUAGGAGGGCGCUGGUGGAGGAGAGGAGUCGGUUCUGCUGCUUGGUGUCCAUGCUCCGGCCCUUCGUGGAGGAGGAGAUGUCCAUGAUGGGUGAGAUCACCCACCUUCAGACUCUUACUGAGGACCUCAAGAUGUUAACCAUGGACCCCCACAAGCUGCCCCCCUCCAGCGAGCAGGUGAUUGUUGACCUGAAGGCCUCAGAGUGCACGUGGUCCUAUCAGACUCCGCCCUCAUCCCCGAGCACCACCGUGUCCAGGAAGUCCAGCAUGUGCAGCAGCCUGAACAGCGUGAACAGCAGCGACUCACGCUCCAGCGGCUCCCACUGCCACUCCCCCACCUCCCACUUCCGUUACCGCACCUCCUCGUCCUCGGCGCUGCCGCUGCAGACGCCGGCCCGCCUCUCUUCAGUCUCCUCCCACGACUCUGGCUUCAUCUCCCAGGACGCCUCUCAGUCCAAGUCGCCCUCCCCCAUGCCUCCGGAGCCGUUACAGCUGUCAAACGGUUUUGACCAUCACGUCGCCCCCUGGCUGUAUGGCGUGGUACUACAGGACGCCCCCUUCCAUCUGCCAUACUUCACCUCCACCGCCACCUCACCCAUGUCCCCGCCCUCCACUUCGUCUGUUUCCCCCGUCUGGUGCUCAUCCAUGAUCCCAUCAUCCAGAGUCCCUUCCUGGAAGGACUGGGCAAAGCCGGGCCCGUACGACCAGCACAUGCUCAGCACCCUGAGGAGGACCAAGGAGAGGAGAGAGGCAGGUGCUGAUGUCAUCACUCCAGGGGAGGAGCUACAAGGGGUCAAAGGAAGCCCCGCUGUGACAUCACCGAAGGAGGACAGGGUGGCGCACGAGGAGCUAGCUAAAGCGCUGGCCCGCAGCCUCCACCUGGACUUCCAUGGCUCCAGCAGGGACUCCUUGCAGGGCUCCAGCGGCUACAGCAGUCAGACCAACACGCCGUGCUGCUCCGAGGACGCCGCCCCCUCGCAUGACUGCGACUACUUUUCUGUGGGGGCGGAUCAGGAGACGGACCAGCAGGGUUCCGACUCAGACAAAUCCUGCGGCAUCCCACGGAGCAGCGACGCGAGUCAGGUCUGCCGCCGCGUGUUCCAGUCCAAGCGCCCCGCGUCCGCCUGCAUGCCUCCGAGCCCUUCUGCCGUCGUCCCGCCGGGGGUGGCCACCAUCCGACGAACGCCAUCCUCCAAACCCAACCUCCGGCGGCCAUCGGCGGGCCUCACUUUGGGACCCAUUCCCAUCAAGCCCCCCAUGGUCCCGGUGAAGACCCCCACCGUGCCUGAACAUCCUGGGUUCCCCAGCAGGAGGUCGUCAGAGAACGGGAACUCCCCACGGACCCCCGUGAGCCCCCCAAACACCCCCCUCUCGUCACCUUUUUCACCUCACUUGGAUGUUUGGGAGUUGCGACACCGGGGCGGGGGCUCUGAUCCACCUACGCCGCCCCCGCAGGCGGGGCGGAGCUCCGAGUUGGAGCCGCGCCCUCUUCCGGAGCUGCUCGAGGAGAGCGAACACUGUGAAGGCGUGGAAGACUUCCUGGUGGCGAUCCGGCGAGGCGUCAAGCUGAAGAAGACCACCACGAACGACCGCUCGGCGCCGAGGAUCCACUGAUGCCGCCUCUGAUGGCAGCCAUUUUGUGUUCCCAGCUGUACAAAGACUGUUGGAGCAAACGUGUCCGCACACCAACACACAAUAACGCUUUUAAAAAUGCUGCUGCGGUUCUUUUCUAUUCUCGGAAUAAAGUGAAACAAUUUAGGGCUGCUUUUCGCUUUAAGAGGACGAGGCAGACACGUUGGUUCCGCUCCGAGGAUCGUUUCCCGUUUGUGCCAAACGUGAGCAAAGUGUGCCUCACGCAGGAAGUCGUGUGGCUCAAAUGCGUAAAUCAACUCUUUGAAUGUUUGCUUUCGCACGCUCCCGCUUCAAGUGCCAAACGCGCAGAUACUUGAUUUUAUUUUGAAGAGCUUGGCCUCGCCUUGAAAGACUUGUGGCUUUAGCAUGUUGUUCCUCUUUGUACCUUUGCUUUUUAUUUUUUAAGUGUAAUUUAAUAUUAUUUUUUACGCUUUUGAGCUGAUAUGUUAGACUAGUGGCCUAAAAGUAAUAAGGCACAAAUGUUUGGUGGCAACAACACCCUCUGGUGGACAUGUAUGGAAGCGGCAUCUAUGUGCUGACAACUAGGAAUGCACAGCUCGCAUAGAUAUUGAGAAUACGUAGUUUUUUGUGUGGAACUGCCAGACAGUCAUUUAUUCCAUCCGUUUCUGCACACCUGUCAACAUUUGCAUAUGAAAAUCUGGGAAAUUUCCCGGAAAAAUGAGCAAACAUCACCCCGGCAGUACCAGAGAGGUGUUUUUUGUUGGGGGGGGGGUUUCAAUGGAAGUACGGAUAAAAUAGGGGAGGACGCCGGGGAAGAAGGGCAAAAUACAGGAUUUUUGGGGGGAAACAGGAGGGGUGGCAGGUAUGUUUUCUGUUGUUUGAAGUGUCGCCUCCUUGACGGACCUUGGUCGCCCCCUGGUGGCCGCGAGGAGGGAUGGCGGUUAAAAGAAAUUCAAUAUAUGCUACGCUAGUUGAAGAAAACGCCCACAUCUAAGCUUUAUGUUCUAGGUGACAAAGCAAAUUAGUCUCAUGUCUACUAAUAUAUCUCAUUAGAAACUAUUUAAUUUUAUUUUUUAGAAUAUGCCAAGUGCCAAAUGGACACCCCUGCGCUAGCCGAAUCAUCCGUGUGAUCGCUCAGCUACGCCAUUUAGUUCAAUUAUUUCUUUUAAAUGUAAACUUAUCUUCACAGUCCAGACGAAGCGAUUAAAAACGCUGCAAACAUUGAAUAUUAACCUCUUGACAGUUUAGAGCAGUAUUUAAAGCUAAAUCUUGUUAGCGGGUGAUAGCUAAACGACACAGGUCUUACGGAAAUAAGUUAUGUUAUGAAGAUGUUAUGUAUUAACUAACAUUAGGGAAGCACGAUAGUUAUAAGGCCGAUAUGAGGGAGCCAUAGCGUCAUACCAAUAAACACGAUAACAUUCAAAAUAGCUCCGAGAUUACCCAUACUGUGCGGGGUGUGCAAAUCAAGCGCUCCUGUGACGUUAACCGCCUGUCGUAACGCCCCCUGAGCUUUAAACAUUUAAACAUUCGCUUUAAAGGAAAAGUUCACUUUUUUGGGAAUUUUGUCCCUCAUCCACAAUCCUUAUGUGAGACAUAAACACACGUUUCUCUUUUUCGUGCGUUCUAAAGAUAUAAAAACAGGUUUUAAAAAAAUGACGAGGCUAAGAGUGCAUGUAAUUGGACACACCUAUUCUGCCAAGAAAGCCCGCUAUUAAAACAACUCCAAAAAGCUCCAAUAAGGUUUUAAGGUUUCAUAUGCAUUUUGUGAGCAUGUAGUAGCAGGUACAUUCAUGAUAACGUACAGUAUUUAGCUCAUUUUCAAGCAUUAGUGGAACUUCCUUCUCGGGUGCAUUGAUUUCACAUAGCAACAUUAAAAGGAACGCUACAAAACAAAAACACAGCAGCGUUACCUUUGGCUAGUGGCCUGAGGCAUUGUGACUUAGUGUGUGGUGAAGCUAGUCGGUAAUCGCAGCCGGUGUGGUGUGGCGAGGUGUCACUACGCCAGUAACGUAGUUCUUGUUAAUACCAAUCAUAACAAUGUCGCUGUAGCUUGGUUGAUAUGCAGCUCACAUUAUGGAAAUGGAGCAGUGUUGGUGCUUUUUGGAGGUUUUUUCAGAAGGCUUUCUCCGCAGAAUAGAUGUGUCCCAUUAAGUGCAUUCUUACCUGCUUCUUUUUAGCUGUUUUUAUAUCCUUACCAAAUGCUCCACGGUGAGGGGAACCCAUCGAGCACACAAAAAAAACUCAUCAGCCACCUGAAAUGCCAGCGCCGCAGUGUUUGAAAAGUGCAAAAGGUUUGCCAGAGACCUCCGUGGCGUCACACCGGCUGCUCAGAGCGUGUGUCCGAAUACAGUGCACCUUAGUGGGCCAUGCCAGGUGGCUCCUUCCCCUCUAUACUCUGGUUCUCCUGAUAGUCGUGAUGUGCUAGUAGUCAUGUUAUGAUACUUGAUUAGGACUAAUCAACGGGUACAGUUGGUCAAAUCACAUUUUUUUCCAGUCCUUCUCACCUCCAGGUAUGCACAAACUACACUUAAAUCGAAAUUUUAAAACAAGUAGAUAUAAAAAAAAAAAAGUUCUCGCUAUCAUAUCGGUCUUGGGUGGUGUUGGUUUGAGAAAAAAAAGCGCUGCAUCUCGAACUGACAUGUCACGGUGCAUUUUUGGAGAUUCUGGAACACAUGACAUGACAAGUGUAGUCCUUUUUUUGUUUACUGCUGGACCAAAAGACAUUUCAGAUGUGCAGCUGGUUCUUGUUCUACUACAAAGUGUGACAGCAGUUUCAUGCCUGAAUGAUCACUCUACUUUGUCGGGGGCCGCCAAGAGUCGUGUGGCUGAUGCGCUUAGCAGAUGAAGCUGGACGGUGGCCGUCUUUGUUUAAUGAGGAAAUAAACCACUUGUCCAGUCAGGCGUGGGAUUGCUGUUUGUGACCGCCAACGUG